AUGAAUACCACUGGAUCGUUAAAUCCUACAAUUCCAAAUCAAAAUGAUAUUCUUCAUACAAAUUUAUUGUAUAGAAGGGAUUUACUUGAUUAUGUAUUGAAUUAUAUGAUAAAUAAUAAUCGAAUGGAUAUUUUAUGCUCAAACUCAUUUAUUAUGGAUUCUUUGUUAAAUGUCAAUUCACAAUUAAAUCAUAAUACUGUAUUACGUAAUAGUCAAUUUUAUUCAAAUUUAAUCUCUUGUUUAUUUCCUAUGGAUUUAAAUGUUAAUUUAUUACAACAACAACGUCAAAACCCCCAGAUACAAAAUUGGAUUAAUGAUUGGUUAGUUAAUAAUAAUCAUAGCAAUAAUAAUAAUAAUAGUAAUAAUAUUUCGGAUCCAACAUUAAUAUACCUUAGAGUAGCUACUCAAUGUAUUCUACGUUACUUAUUAACAACAAAUCAUUAUCAACAAACUUUAUAUUUGAAUUCUUUUCUUCAUUCUAAUUAUUCAUCAACAUUGACUACCUAUAAUACAACUAAUCAGAAUAAUAUAUUAUUUCAAUCAAAUAAAAAUACAUUAGAAUCUAAUUAUAUAAUAAAUGAAAAUUCAUCUAUUACACGUAUAAAACGUUAUAAAUGUACUUAUCCAAAUUGUACAAAAGCAUAUUAUAAAAGAUCUCAUUUAAAUGAACAUUAUCAUUUACAUACUGGUGCUAAACCACAUUUAUGUAAUCAACCUGGUUGUAGUGCAAGAUUUACACGUGCUGAUCAAUUAUCACGUCAUAGACGUGCACAUACUGGUGAACGUAAUUUUCGUUGUAAUGUUUGUUUGAAACGUUUUAAACGUAGUGAUCAUUUAAAGGUACAUUUAACAAGGAAUGUAUGUACAAAAUUUAAUUUAUAA